CACACCGCCGGUGACUGGGCUUCCGGUUCUGACCUUUUCCCGUGAAGGCAAAGGGCUUCGUGGCCAUACUGAAAUUAUUUGUAAACUUAAAUGCCAAAACGUGGCACCCGGCUGUGUGUUUUUUUGUAGUCCUCACCCCCGUUUUACCCGAACAACCAGUGUUCGCCGAGGCAGCAGUGUGUGUGUGUGAGUGAGUGGAUCACACCGAGCACAGCAGCACUGUUAGUACAGGCAAAAUGGCGUCCGCUUGCCCACUCCACAGUCGUCUAAUCCAUCUGUGAUUAGCCCGAUAACCAGAUUCAGCAACCGGUGACAGUUUUCUACUGCUUCGGGUUUCCCCACAUAUACAGUCGGAGCACAUUUGAGCGUCAUGUCGGACUCGGAGGAGGACAGCCAGGACAGGCAGCUAAAGAUUGUAGUGAUUGGAGACGGAGCGUGUGGGAAGACAUCACUCACCACCAGGUUUGCACAGGAGGCCUUUGGGAAGCAGUACAAACAAACCAUCGGCCUGGAUUUCUUUCUGAAGAGAAUAAGCCUUCCAGGCAAUCUGAACGUGACCCUGCAGGUGUGGGACAUUGGAGGCCAAACGUUAGGAGGAAAAAUGCUGGAUAAAUAUGUGUACGGAGCUCAUGGGGUUCUCCUGGUUUACGAUAUCACCAACUACCAGAGCUUCGAGGAUCUGGAGGAUUGGUUCAGCAUGGUGAAGAAGGCCAACGAGGAAGCUGAUAUCCAGCCUGUUGUCUCUUUGAUUGGGAACAAAAUCGACCUGGAGCACAUGAGGACAGUUAAGGCUGACAAACACCAGCGUUUCUGCCAAGAAAACGGCCUCAUAAGUCAGUUUGUAUCAGCCAAGACGGGGGACUCGGUGUAUCUUUGUUUCCAGAGAGUGGCUGCUGAGAUUCUUGGAAUAAAGCUCAACAAAGCAGAAAUAGAGCAGUCCCAGAGGAUUGUGAAGGCUGAGCUGGUGGACUACCCACAGGAUGAAGGCCCAAUUAGACAAGAGAACAACCAGCAAAGCAAAAUAUGUUCCGUUCAAUAACUGGAACGUGUGGUGAAGGCGGACAUUGUGAACUACAGUCAGGACACCGUGGCCAGGACAGUCAACCCACCUCGCAGCUCCAUGUGUGUGGUGCAGUGACACCCUCCGAGACACAUACACACACAGUCACACACUCACACAGUCGCACAGUCACACUUAAAGAUGUAAAAUUGUCUUCAGUCAGUAUUCCUCUUUCGGGACUUUUGGUGUGACUGGAUGAAAUGUGUUCAGAGUGUGUUCUCUGUAUUACUGUGUGUCAGUUGUUCGGGUGAGAUGAAGAACAGACUGUGUGGUUUCGAGGCCUUGGCCUGUAGUUCGGAUAUUUAGCAGGAAUGAUCUCUUGGGUGGUUCACCAAAAAGGAAACGGGACCUCCGUUUUUUCAAGUUUACAUGCAGCUAUCAUUUUAUUUCUGUGAUUCAUCUUAAAUAAAUAUAAAAAAGACUUGAUAGUUAGUAUGAAGCUGGUUGUCUAAAAGAGAAAGACAAUUGGUGUAAUCAGUCACUUUGGUAAUUGAAAAUAUUUUUAUACAUGUAUAAGUAUAUUUGCUUUGCCAUUGCUAUUAGGCAUAUUUGUUUGAAUGAUUAGAUAUGCUGCUGUAUAUUUCUAUCGAUAUCACCAUCAAUACCUGUUAAAUCUCUGUCCCUACGACUGCAGAGUGGAUUGGGUGUGAGGGUUAAUGGGACAUAAACAGGGAGGUGAAACCAAAUGUUCUCCCAUACAAUUGUCUGAUAUUCUUUUACGUCUGUGGUGCUCCUCAGUUGACCAGGAGGGAGAUAGGAGUUAAAAUGCUGUAGUGGACUGAAAGGAAUCUAUGUUUUCAAUUUGCCAAUUAGGGGCUUACACUAGCAGUGCUGUGUCGUGAACUGUGUACUGUUAUUUUUACAUAGAAAUAUUUACAUUUUACAAUCUUAAAUCAACAUUUACAGUUUAUAUUCUUUAUUCUUCUUCAGAUUAUAUCCAAUUAAUUUACAUCCUUCAAAUAGUAUCUCCAUUCUCCAGAUAUUUCUUCUGGACUCUACAUUUGCAUUUUGACCAUUUAGCAUUACAUUUGUGACAUUCCCGGAUUCGUCUUGUUAGAGGACAAUUCAGACGCUGUGUUGAUAGAUGAAUAUGACUCAGGAAGGAAGUACCUGAGAGUCAAGUUGAGCAUGAGCUGAGCUGAAAUGAAAUGUACAACAUUUUAGUAGAGGUCUCUACAUAGCCUUAUUCAACUGUCCGUUAUAGAACAGAAGUUUGCAUUGAAGAAUGGCUAUGAGGCAUGAAAUGCUUCAUAGGAUCUUCAUUAUGACCACAUAAUAGCCUGUUUGAUGUGUAUUGUUAGAGACAGCUGAGAUAUUGUAUGUCUAAUCAGUUUUGUCAUAGUAGUUUCUGCAGUACAUGUUGGCAUGAUGGGUUUUAAUAUGUGUCCACUUACCAAAAUAUCUGCCAUAUGUGUAAAAUAUGUGUUUGUACAAUAAAAGCAACCUCUGCUCCAUUUCAAAGCUCCUGUCAUUGAUUAGAAAUGAUCAGAACGCAUUCUGUAAGUUAUGAUCAUGUAAACAAAAUACAGUUUAAAGUGAAUGUUUAUUUGAUGUUCUACAGCGACACAGAUUUGUGUUUCUAAAUAAAGAUGCUACA